UUCGCAACAAAUCGAUCGAGGCAUUAUCAAAUUUAACUUCAGUUAUUUACAACGUUUGAGUAGCACGAGUAAAAUCAGCAUCAGUAAAAUGUUUAACUGUUAUAUGAAAGUUGUUGUGUUGAUGUUCACAUUUGCAUCAGCAAUAGCUGCUCCAGUCGAUCAUGAAGACUUACAAACAGCCGAAUCGGCUCAAAUCGGUGGUCUUCUCGGUGGACUGGCAAACGGAAUCAGCCAAGCUUUGAAUUCUUUCGGCCAACAAGGCUACGGAGGAUAUGGUGGUCAACCUGGUUACGGAGGAAUACAGCAAGGAGGUGGUUUUGGACAACCCGGAUACGGAGGAGUGCAGUCAGGUUUCGGUGGAGUACAGCCAGGUUUUGGUGGAGUGCAGUCAGGUUUCGGUGGAGUACAGCCAGGUUUUGGUGGAGUGCAGCCAGGUUUCGGAGGAGGUUUUGGACAACCCGGAUACGGUGGAGUACAGCAGGGCUUCGGAGGUGUACAAUCAGGUUUUGGCCAACCAGGAUAUGGAGGAGUGGGACUUAAUGGCUAUGGUGGUUACGGUCAAUCUGGAAUCAAUGGCUACAAUGACUACUACGGUCAAGGUGGUGCAUUAAAUGGGUAUGGGGCUUACGGGAGACGAUAAAUUUUUGACAUAUAAAUUUUUAAGAAAAUAGAUUUUGGUUUUUUAAUGAA